CUUCCAGCGGGUUGAUAAAGAUAGGAGUGGGGUGAUAGCGGACAAUGAGCUUCAGCAAGCCUCUCCAAUGGUACAUGGACCCCGUGUAAUCCAGUGACCGUCAGGUCAAUCAUCUCUAUGUUUGACCCGGAGAACAAAGCUGGAGUGAACUUCAGUGAGUUCACUGGUGUCUGGAAGUACAUUACAGACUGGCAGAAUGUCUUCCGCACCUAUAACAGAGAAAACUCCGGGAUGAUCGACAAGAACGAGCUUAAGCGAGCACUCUCAGGCUACCGGCUCUCUGACCAGUUCCACGACAUCCUCAUCCGAAAGUUUGACCAACAGGGACAAGGCCAGAUUGUGUUUGAUGACUUCAUCCAAGGCUGCAUCGUCCUGCAGAGGCUGAGGGAUAUAUUCAGGCGCUACGACACGGAUCAAGAUGGCUGGAUUCAGGUGUCUAACGAGCAGUAUCUCUCCAUGGUCUUCAGCAUCGUGUAACUACGCCUUGUGAAUAUCAGCACCGUUUGGG